AAGGCGUGCGUGAGCGCAAGCCCCUCCCCGGAACUGCGGUGGACGCGGCCGAGGAGGGCUGGUGCAGCAGUGUCUGAGGCGGUUGGUCGGCGUCCCUCUACGGUUCUAUUUUUCUCGGCCUUUCUGAAAGGGGAGAACGUGGCUCGAGUUCCAGUCUGACGACUUGUGCAUAGAUCACUUGUUUUUAAAUCACUUAAAAGCAACCAUGAAGCUGAAAGAGAAAAAAUCGAGGCCAGAGCCCCCAAACUAUGGCAGAAUUCAGAGGAAGGGCAUCAAAGUUGUGGGAAAAUGGAAGCAGGUGAAGAUUGACCCAAAUAUGUUUGCAAACGGACAGAUGGAUGACUUGGUGUGCUUUGAGGAACUGACGGAUUAUCAGUUGGUCUCCUCUGGGGAGGGUUCCUCCAGUCUCUUCUCAGAGGAGGAGCCCAAGAAGAGAAAGUCACAAGCUGUUUCAGAAGGAGAGGAGGAAGGAGAGCCUCCCUCCUCAAAGAAAAAGAUGAAGUUGAAGAAGAGUAGAGAUGUGGAAACUGAAGGAAGCAGUGCCCAGAAAGUGUUUGAGGGCAAAGAUACUGAGCCAGAGCCCCAGGGAGAUGGCACAGUUUGUCCUGAUCCAGAGGUAGGGGAGAUGGCAUCAGAAAGCCCGGCCCAGACGGUUCCAAAAAAGAAGAACAAGAAAGGGAAAAAAAAAUCAGAGCCUCCCCAGGGUACUAUUCCGAAGGUGCCCAAAAGAGCAAAGACGUGGAUGCCUGAAAUGCGUGAUCACAAGGCAGAUGUGUCAGCUUGGAAGGAUCUGUUUGUACCCAAGCCAGUUCUCCGAGCGCUCAGCUUCCUAGGCUUCUCUGCGCCCACACCAGUCCAAGCUCUGACCUUGGCACCUGCCAUUCGUGACAAACUGGACAUCCUUGGGGCUGCUGAGACAGGAAGUGGGAAAACUCUUGCCUUUGCCAUUCCAAUGAUUCAUGCAGUGCUGCAGUGGCAGGUGAAGAAGAAGCCUAUCCCAGCUCUAAGUAACACAGGAGCACCACUUGGGGAGACCAGUAAUGAGGCUGGAGUUGAGACAGGAUCACCAGGCAGGGCUGGAACUGAGUCUGGAGCUUUGCCUGCUGAGAUUGGAAUUGAGGGUGAAGCACUGCCCAGGGAGGCUGGAGCGAAGGCUAGAGCACCACGCAGCCAGGCAAGAGGCAAGAUUGGAGCUACAGUCUCAAACCAGGUGCUGCCCUCCUGUGAUGAUGAUGAUGAUGAUGAUGAUGAUGAUGAUGAUGAUGAUGAUGAUGAUGAUGAUGAUGCCGCCGGUGAAGGACCUUCUUCCCUGAUCAGGGAGACGGCCAUUCCCAAACAGGAUGAAAACAAGGAGGACAAGCUUGAUGAAGAGCAGACUAGAAAGUUCAAACAAGAAUUGGGUGGCAGAAUUGCACAUCCAAGGCGUCCUCUGCUUGGACUGGUUCUGACUCCCACUCGAGAGCUAGCCGUUCAAGUCAAACAACACAUUGAUGCUGUGGCCAAGUUUACAGGCAUUAAAACUGCUAUUUUGGUUGGUGGAAUGUCCACACAGAAACAGCAGAGGAUGCUGAACCGUCAGCCUGAGAUUGUGAUUGCCACUCCAGGCCGGCUGUGGGAGCUAGUUAAAGAAAAGCACCCUCAUUUGAGCAACCUUCGGCAGCUCAGGUGCCUGGUGGUCGAUGAGGCUGACCGCAUGGUUGAGAAAGGCCACUUUGCUGAGCUCUCAAAGCUGCUAGAGAUGCUCAGUGAUUCCCAGUACAACCCAAAGAGACAGACACUUGUUUUUUCGGCCACGCUGACCCUGGUACAUCAGGCUCCUGCUCGAAUCCUUCACAAGAAGCACGCUAAGAAAAUCGACAAAACUGCCAAACUUGACCUCCUCAUGCAGAAGAUUGGCAUGAGGGGCAAGCCCAAGGUCAUCGACCUCACAAGAAAGGAGGCCACGGUAGAGACACUGACAGAGACCAAGAUCCAUUGUGAGACUGAUGAGAAAGACUUUCAUCUGUACUACUUCCUGAUGCAGUAUCCAGGCCGCACCUUAGUGUUUGCCAACAGUAUCUCCUGCAUCAAACGCCUCUCUGGGCUCCUCAAAGUCCUGGAUAUCAUGCCACUGACCCUACAUGCCUGCAUGCACCAGAAGCAGAGGCUCAGAAACCUGGAGCAGUUUGCCCAUCUGGAGGAUUGUGUUCUCCUGGCAACAGAUGUGGCAGCUCGGGGCCUGGAUAUUCCUGCAGUCCAGCAUGUCAUCCAUUACCAGGUCCCUCGUACCUCGGAGAUUUAUGUCCACCGAAGCGGUCGAACUGCUCGUGCCGCCAGUGAAGGCCUCAGCCUGAUGCUGGUUGGGCCUGAGGACGUGAUCAACUUUAAGAAGAUCUACAGAACCCUUAAGAAAGAUGAGGACAUCCCACUGUUCCCUGUGCAGACAAAGUACAUGGAUGCAGUCAAGGAGCGAAUCCGUUUAGCUCGACAGAUUGAAAAAGCUGAGUAUCGCAACUUCCAGGCUUGUCUGCACAACUCUUGGAUUGAGCAGGCAGCGGCUGCCCUUGAGAUCGAGCUGGAAGAGGAAAUGUAUAAGGGAGGAAAAGCUGACCAGCAAGAAGAACGUCGGCGACAAAAGCAGACGAAAGUUCUGAAGAAGGAGCUGCGCCAUUUACUCUCCCAACCGUUGUUUAAAGAUGACCUGAAAACCAAGUAUCCCACUCAGUCUGGCAAGCUGCCCGAGCUCGUGUCCGCCCCAAGAAAUGGUGAGUCCGCGCUGAGCUGCCUCUCCAAACAGAAGAAGAAGAAAAAGAAGCAGCCAGAAGAGCGGCAGCAGGAACAGCCGCAGCCAAGCACAAGUGCAAACUAACCGCCCCCCGGUCAGCAUCUGCUGGUGACCGCACGUUGUGUCUGUGUUCUCUGGUUGUACGGAAAACCUUCGCACCUUUGACUUCACUCCACUGUCAGCCCCAGUUACAAAACUCUCCCUCUCUUCCACACCACCUCCCGUAGCAGGAGAGACCUCAUGCAGAUCUGUGUUGUUUCACAGUAAGAAUUCUAUGUAGCAGCUUAUAUAUUUCUGCAUUCCAGUGUUGACAGGCUUCUUGUAUGGUUAACUUGAUUUCCUCAAUUAAAAACAAUGGUCAGAACCA